GUGUGACUCAGUUCCGUUUCCAGUAAUUUCUACGGGGAACAAAACCAGCGGCAGCAGUCGAGAGGUUUCCAGAAGCGAGCACACGCGUUUCAAAUACAUCACACACCCUGCUCGAGUAGACUGUGUCAGUCAUUUCCAUCUGAAUAUCUGCAUUUCCUUUGAAUCAACAUGGCGAAGUGGGGAGAAGGAGACCCUCGUUGGAUCGUGGAGGAGAGAGCGGAUGCCACAAACGUCAACAACUGGCAUUGGACGGAGAGGGAUGCCACAAACUGGUCAUCAGAGAAGCUGAAGGAGCUGCUCAUGGGGCUGCAGGUGGAGAGUGAAGAAGGCAAGUGCGAGAUCACAGAGGUCAGCAAGGUGGAGGGAGAGGCGUCCAUCAACAACCGCAAAGGAAAGCUUAUCUUUUUCUAUGAAUGGAAUCUGAAGGCCACCUGGACAGGGACAUCAGCAUCAGGCAUUAAAUACAAGGGGAACAUUGAAGUGCCAAACCUUUCAGAUGAAAAUGAUAUAGAUGAACUUGAUAUCAGCGUGAGUCUUUGUAAAGAUGAGCCUGAAACUGGGCUGCUUUCUCUGAUGAGGGGGGAGGGUGCCAGUAAAGUUCGUACAGCGUUGGCUGACUAUGUUGGACUCCUCAAAACAGAGUUAACACAGGGCAUGAUUCUGCCCACAGCCAAUGGUAUGACAAAAAACCAGCAGGCAGCCCAAGUGCUAACCAAGGCAAGCAAAACUCAGAUUGGCUCAUGUAACUCUGCACCACAUCCUUCCAGCACAGGGGUUAAGAUCCCCACCUGCAAGUUUUCACUAAAGGACACUUUCCUCACCUCACCAGAAGACCUUUACAGGGUUUUCCUCAAUCAAGAGAUGGUUCAGGCUUUCACACGCAGUGGUGCUGUGGUUGAGGCUGAGAAAGGUGGGAAGUUUCGCCUGUUGGAUGGUAACGUGAACGGCGAGUUUCAGGAGCUGGUACCUGAGGAAAAGAUAGUCAUGAAAUGGAGGUUCAAUUCAUGGCCUUGCGAGCACUAUGCGACGGUGACAUUGACAUUCACAGACAAGGGUAAUGAGACAGAAUUAAUGAUUGAGUGUCGGGCAGUUCCUGAGAGUGAGGAGGAACGAACACGAGAUGGCUGGCAGAGGUACUACUGCCAUGCCAUUAAACAGACAUUUGGCUACGGUGCACGACUCUGCUGAGCCCAGGAUGUAGCUGCCACUGUUUUUGGUUUUAUUGUUUUUAUUUUCCUUCAUUUUGGUCCACGUACAAAUGAGAGGAUCUGAAUGUGACUCUACUGAACAGCAGACAACACAUAGCUCCAUUAUCAACAUGUCCCUGUCUGAUUUUGAUGUUUACAGGAAAUUAAAAGAAAACAUUGAAAAGUCCGAACUAAAAGAGUGCUAAGAGGGGGAGACAUGAGUCAUGAAAUAUCUGUGGAUGUGUGUAAUAUAGUUCUUAAUUUAGCAUGGUAACUCUCUGAUGGCACUCCAGUCAUGUGAAGGUUCAGGGUUGAAUGAUGCCUUUUAUGCACUGUGGUUUUUGAGAAGUUAAAAGGAUAGUUUACCCAAAAAUGAAAACUGUCAUAAGUUACUGGCCCUCAUGUUGUUCCAAAGCUGUAUGACUUUUUUUCUUUGGAACACAGAAUAUAUCAGGCCUCAGUCACCAAAUACUUUAAUUUUGUGAGGGGAAAAAAAAAACGCAAUGUGACUGUCACUCCUGAACAUUUUGCCUAACAUCUCCUUUGGUGUUCCAUGGAAGAAUUCAGGUCAUGCAGGUAUGGAACAAUAAGAAAAUUAGCAUUUUUGGGGGUGAGCUAACCUUUUAAUGGGGUUACUUGUUGCAAAGUUUUUUAAAACUGGCUCACAAAGACAGUUUGAAGAACAACAAAGAGAAAUUUUCAGACCACUAAAUUAAUAACUUUCUAAUUGUAUGAGAGAAGGAAAUGGACAGAUUGUGGCUUUAUUCAUGUACAUUCUUUGUCAUCACAUUAUCAAAUAGUAUUAUGUAUUUUUACUCCACAAUUUCUAUUCAUCAUGAAGAAUACAAGCUUCAGAAACCUUUUGUGUCAAACAGACAAUUAAAAAUCAAGUGCAACGAGA